UAUCUCCGGCAAUAUUAUAUUUCUCCCAUUUCUUGAACCGCAACCUGCGCACGUCAACGUAGGCCUUCAUUAUCCAGUACCACGAUACCCCAACCAUGGUCGAAGUCCGCACCUACGCACUGAAACCCACCUCCCUCAUCCCUAACUCUCCACACGUCCUCAUCCAUUACCCCGGACUCUUCUUGGAAAAGGUAUCUAAACCUGAUUUCAAUUGCACACAACUCUAUGAUCUCUACAAGUCGAAUGGCUGGGAGUCGCAAUGGGUCGCGCGCUACGGACCUACACAGACCUCGCACUAUCACUCUGGCGCCCACGAGGCUAUGACGGUGAUUUCAGGCGAAGGCGCAACGAUCCGGUUCGGUGUCGCGGAUACCUCCGACGACGCAGAGGCGCACACUCACGGAAACGGCCACGAAGACGGCGGAAUAUGGAUCGAAGCGAAGAAAGGCGAUGUUUUCAUUCUUCCCGCAGGGGUUGCGCACAAGACAUACGAUCCGCGGCCUGGGCCGGUGGAGUUUGCAUUCUUCCAGUGUAAGGAUGAGAACGGGAAUGUCAUUCGGGAUGAGCAGAAUGCAAGAGCGUUUUUCGAGGGCAUCACGAUUGGGAAGAAUUUCCAGAUGAUGGGAAGUUAUCCAUUUGGAAAUGAGUGGGAUUUCGCUGUUGGUGGAGACCACAAGGGGAGGGAGAGGUUGGUGUGGGAUGUGCCCGUGCCGGAGAGGGAUCCGGUGUUGGGGACGAGGAGGGAGGGGAUGUGUGGGUUGUGGCACCAGCGUUCGGCAAUAAGUAAGCUUUGAGAUGGGCACUGGUCAAGUAAGCGUCCUCAAGAAUUGGCUGCCCGCACGUGUUGCUGAUGGUGGUCUGUGGGCCUGAUAGUGGUGAGGCUCGGUAAGAAUUGGCUGACGUUCGAUGGUCACACUUCACUGGCUGACGGCCCACUUAUCGUAAGGUCACUGGCUAGGCUAUAUGGGUCCAAAAAGAGGGCAGAAGAGCUAUUCCAUAUGUAAAAUUUACCUCAGAGACAGUAUUUUGGUGUAGUCUG